CGGUCAUUUCCAACCAGUUGUCAUUCGAACGCACCAACUAGUGAAUGUGUGAACUCUACCACAGACUAAAUAACAAUUUUGACAAUUUAUUUUGCCAACAGUCCGAACGAUGGAUAGAUUAUUUCGAUAAGUUUGAACGUUUGUGAGAUCAUGAUUUGAUCUGGAUUUAGUGAUGGCUUGGAUAUAUUACGUUUUGUGGAUAUAUCUGUUACAGAUAACAAGCUACAAAGCCUACGAAGAAACAGAGUGGCGGAGCGGAAGGGCACCACAUUUCCAAACCAAUGGUUCGUACAAAAUCCUGAAUAGAUUUGUGAAGCCUUUUAUCAAUAGACGAGUAAUGGAGAGUCCUAUAGUAUUUCCAGAUCUAACAUCGAGGUCGGGUAGUGACUUUCAAUUGCAAAUACCUGAGGAAUGUAGACGACUAGGAAUAUGUGAAGACAUCCCUAACUAUCCGGAGGAUAUUGUCUCCAAUGUUAUACAACAGAUUGAAAGGGAUAAUAAAACUAAAUUCAAUAGAGAUGUACUGGAGCCUCCCCAGAUCGCUGAGAGAAUAGGCCCUGAAGAGGAAACUAUUGAUUUAUGCGUUUCUUCCGAAAGGAUAUUUGUACCAAAAGUGGCACAAGAUGUUAACAAAGACUGGUUUAUAAUAGUUAACGACAAGCAGAAGCCCAGGCAGACGUUCCGUGUCGAAAUAUGCAAAGGCGGCGAGAGCGCAUCGUGCUCUUCAAUAGCGUUUUUUCAAAAGGGCUAUGAGGCUAAGUGCAUACAGAAAUACGUCCUCCGCAACAUGAUAGCUCUAGAUGACAACAACCAAGUCAUCGAGAGGCCCUUCCAAGUUCCCAGUUGUUGUUCCUGCGUGGCUAGAGUCGUGUAAUAUUUGUAUUUAAUGUAAUUUAUGAAAUAUAGUAUUUAAGUAUU